AUUAUUCCAAGGGAAUGUCUCAGUGAUUCCAAAAUUCUUGCCUCUGAGCAAUCCAAGAUUCUGUGUAGUGGCAGUAAGCUCUCUCUCUCUCUCUCUGAGUGUGUGUACGUGUUAUGUUCGGGAGGACUGGGAAGUUUGUGCAUGGCAUAAAGGCAGAGAAGGAAGUGUGGGUAAUGCCUCCUUUUGGUUUUUGGAAGCGGUGAAAACUGCAGAGGGGAAGAGGAGGAGGGGGAUCAAACCGUGCAGUUUAAUCGGAUUAGGACAGAUUCUGCUGAUGAAUUAAAAAAAUCCUGCAAGUAGUUCGAAGAGCCCAGCAAGGGAGUUGGCUGGAAAGAAAGUUGCUACUACAGGGAAAUCGGGAUAAACGCACAUAAAAAGAACAGUGAUGCCAGCAAUCAAUAUAGAGGAUCUGAGUGAAAAGGAUAAACUGAAAAUGGAAGUGGAACAGCUCCGGAAAGAAGUCAAGUUGGAAAGGCAACCUGUUUCUAAAUGUUCAGAAGAAAUUAAAAAUUACAUUGAAGAAAGAUCUGGAGAAGACCCUUUGGUGAAAGGCAUUCCGGAAGAUAGGAAUCCUUUUAAAGAGAAAGGAGGAUGUGUUGUUGCUUAAGUUAAGAGAACAGGGUUAAGCAAUUUUGAAACUGGAAUAUAAAGGCAUCAUAGAAUAAUUAGCCCGAUUUAAGUUCCAAGACUCCUUACUGGACAAUUACAGAGAAACUGAAGUUUUACAAGAACGGAAAUGUCUCUGCUUAUAAUUUUGUUCCCUGAGGCAGAUUCUUGCUAAAUACAUUCCUAGAGGCUGUUUCCCAGUCUUUUAAUUUCCUGUGCUUGCUUUUUUGAAUAAUAACAAUAA